CAGGUAAAUCGUCCUACCUGUUGACCUCGCCUGUCAGGUGUCAGCACACACGCGGCUCGCGGGACCGGUGCCACCGCCCUUUGAACAUGUCGCGCCCUCGGUAGACCGGCCCUACGUUGUAGUUGUGCCUUGUGGCGCGAUCGCGAACAUCGCAAACAACGAAGACGGGAACGGCCAUGACGCGAUGUAAUAAAACGCAACCGAACAGAACGGAACGUAAUGGCGAUACCCAUCCUUGAGCACCACUGUUCGUUUGGUGUAAAUGGUGUCUAGGCGGAAACUCCUCGAUCCGUCUUGUAAGUGAGUGUCGUCGCGUGAGAUUGUGUGUGCGCGUAUGAUAUACACAUAUAUAUUUAUGUGUACGUAUCUAUACGUGAUGGCUCCGAUUCGGGGCUCUCGUACGCGCUCGAUGGUCGAGCAUCGUCGCGCACUCAUCGCCGCACCUACGACGUCGGGCGGCGCCGCGAGAUCGGCGAGCAGCAAUAGCAGCAAUAGCAGCAUCGCCAGCCAUUAUUAACGACGACACGAGUGACGAGAUCGUCGCGUUCCCUUCCGUCAUCAUCGUCGUCGUCGUCGCCGCCGUCGCCGCCGCCGCAGCCGCGAGGAGGACACGGUGUAGCGAUCGACGGAAGCGGCCGGCGGGCGCUGUCGUCGCUGUCACGCAGCGGGCGUGCCUCAAUGUGAUCAAUGAACUCUGGUUGAUGCGUGUCGAGGCGUGCUGGCAGCGGGGCACACCACCGACGGCCCCGGUAGACAUGAUGACAUAAUACAGACACAUUGAUUGUCCCUUUUAUGAAAAUACGCAUUAAACGAUUGCUCCGUAAAACAGACUAAAUGAAUCAUGAUGAAUGAUAUAGAAAGUUUUGGGAUGAAGGGGGCCGGCUCGAAAAUGCCUCACAGUCAUUCGACGCCAGCUGGUGUAGACGGAGGUAGUAGGACACCUCCUGCAACACCGCGAAAAGCUGGAAAAAUGCUGGCAGUUCGUGUACAGAUGUUGGAUGACUCUAUUACAAUGUUUCAAGUGCAGGCCAAGGCACUAGGUAGAGUGUUGUUUGAUCAAGUUUGUAAGCAAUUGCAUCUUUUAGAAGCGGAUUACUUUGGUCUUGAAUAUCAGGAACCAAAUUUUACAAAAUAUUGGUUGGAUUUGGAAAAACCAGUAUGCAGACAAGUUGGUUUAUCUCUUAUUGAUCCGUUAUUGAGGUUCUGUGUUAAAUUUUAUACGCCAGAUCCUGCACAGCUCGAGGAGGAAUUUACAAGAUAUUUAUUCUGUCUACAAAUCAAACGGGAUUUAGCUCAAGGUUUACUGCAAUGCAAUGAUAACACAGCAGCAUUGAUGGCCAGUUAUAUUGUCCAAGCUGAAUGUGGAGAUUAUGUGAUAGAAGACUAUCCAGAUCAUACGUAUUUAUCAACGUACAAGUUUGUGCCUCAUCAGGAUCAAGAGUUAGAACGACGUAUAAUGGAGAAUCACAAGAAACAUGCGGGUCAAUCUCCUGCAGAGGCAGAUCUCAAUCUUUUAGAAACUGCUCGACGUUGUGAAUUGUAUGGAAUGAAAAUGCAUCCAGCUAAGGAUCAUGAAAAUGUUCCACUAAAUCUCGCAGUAGCACAUAUGGGCAUUGUAGUCUUUCAAAAUUAUACUAAGAUAAAUACAUUUAGUUGGGCCAAAAUCAGAAAAAUCAGUUUUAAACGAAAACGUUUUUUAAUCAAAUUACAUCCUGAGGGCUAUGGAUAUUAUAAGGACACAGUUGAAUUUUUCUUUGAAGGACGUAAUGAGUGUAAAAACUUUUGGAAAAAAUGUGUAGAAAAUCAUGGUUUCUUCCGUUGUUCUGUAGUUAAGAGAGUUGUAAGACAGAAAACUAGAGUGCUUAGCCGUGGAUCAUCAUUUAGGUAUAGCGGCAAAACUCAAAAACAAAUUGUUGAAUUUGUUCGAGAUAAUUACGUGAAGAGGCAGACAUUUCAAAGUGUUGCCUGCUCGGACAGGGGUGGCGGGGAGUCAGGCUCACCAUCAGGCACGAUAAACCCGAAUGAUGAGUGUACCCUCUCUCAAUAGCGUGAUCACUAAUUAUUU